GACCAGUGUAAUUUUGUACAUACCUGUAAAAGUUUGUCUACCACACAUGAAUCAAUGGCAUGUUUUCUGUCCUACAUUUGUUUGUUUUCUUAAUAAAACUAGCUUGCGCAUGUGUUUUGUCAUUUCAAAGUUUGAUUGUGCCGCCUAAAUGUCUAACUUAUCGUCUUAUCGAUUAAUGGCUAACCAACACUGGCCAGCUGAUCGUGACCAGGUGGCCACUUUACACAGUAGUAAGACCGUAUGGCGUAAAAGUGCCACAGUAUUUUCCGCGAUCUGUGGCUGGGGUCACACUAAUGCCGCCAAAAGUGACGGAAAACAUUGUUUCUGCCCAUUUAAACAUUUUAAGCAACAUAAACUCAUAGUUUAUUGCAAUCAAGGGCGUAAUUUGGGGCUCAGUUAUCCGUGAAGACGUGCUGUGCGUUCGAAAUGAGCAGUGAUAAAGUGAAAAACGGCAACGAAGCCGAAGAGUCAGAGGAAUCAUGUGGCGACGAGUCGGCCAGUUAUACGACCAACAGCACCACCUCGCGCAGCAAAUCGCCAUCGUCCAGUACGAGAAGCAAACGGCGUGGGCGCCGGAGCACCAAGUCGAAGCCAAAGAGCCGCCCGGCCUACAAAUACGACACCCACGUGAAGGAGAACCACGGAGCCAACAUCUUCGGCGUCUCCUUUAACACGCUGCUGGGCAAGGAGGAGCCCCAGGUCUUCGCCACCGCCGGCAGCAACCGGGUCACGGUCUACGAGUGCCCCAGACAGGGCGGGAUGCAGCUGCUCCACUGCUACGCCGAUCCGGAUCCCGAUGAGGUGUUCUACACGUGCGCCUGGUCGUACGACCUGAAGACCUCUGCUCCACUUCUGGCCGCGGCUGGAUACCGCGGAGUCAUCAGAGUAAUUGACGUCGAGCAAAACGAGGCGGUGGGCAACUACAUUGGCCAUGGCCAGGCCAUCAACGAACUCAAGUUCCAUCCGCACAAGCUGCAGCUGCUGCUCUCGGGCAGCAAGGAUCAUGCAAUCAGGCUGUGGAACAUCCAGAGCCACGUCUGCAUUGCCAUCCUGGGCGGAGUGGAGGGACAUCGCGACGAGGUGCUCUCCAUAGACUUUAAUAUGCGUGGGGAUCGCAUUGUGUCCAGCGGCAUGGAUCACUCUCUGAAACUGUGGUGUCUGAAUACGCCCGAGUUCCAUAAGAAAAUCGAGCUGUCCAACACCUUUAGCCAGGAGAAAUCCACGCUGCCGUUUCCCACGGUCACCAAGCACUUUCCCGACUUCUCGACGCGGGACAUACACAGGAACUAUGUGGACUGUGUGCAGUGGUUCGGCAACUUUGUGCUCUCCAAGUCCUGCGAGAAUGCCAUCGUGUGCUGGAAGCCGGGUCAACUUCAUCAGAGCUUCGAGCAGGUGAAGCCCAGCGACUCAUCCUGCACGAUCAUCGCGGAAUUCGAGUACGACGAGUGUGAGAUUUGGUUCGUGCGGUUCGGCUUUAAUCCCUGGCAGAAGGUGAUCGCCCUGGGCAACCAGCAGGGCAAGGUUUACGUUUGGGAGCUGGAUCCCAGCGAUCCGGAAGGCGCCCACAUGACCACCCUGCACAAUCCGCGCAGCGUGGCCACCGUGCGCCAGAUCGCCUUCUCCCGGGACGCCAGCGUCCUGGUCUACGUGUGCGAUGACGCCACCGUGUGGCGCUGGAAUCGCAGGCAGGCGGCUGCCAUCUGAUGCUGCACAACAUCAUCGCCAAACCACACACCAAAUCUCACGUGGCCAAAACUUACGACAUUUCCCUCACUUAGUUACUAGUUCCUAGUUGGUUAAAAUUAAGCUAGAAUUACCAAUACUUGAAAGCAAGCAAUUGUCAGUGUGCGACUCAGAAAAUUCCUAUUAAAUCGAUUAAACAAUUGUUGAACCAA